UCACAUUCAUAUGACAAUUCAUUGAACUGUUAAACGGUUCCUUUGUUUAUAUUUAUUUAUUUUAUUUUAUUUUUUGUUAAAAUAUAAGGAAAUCCUCAUCGAAAAUGAGCACAUUUUCGGGGUUUCUAGACGAAAUCGAAAAUGUAUCGGUUGAUCGAUUUACAGAGGCCAAUUUUCGAUCGCGAGCAUUUUUCCUUUCGCAUUGUCAUAUGGAUCAUAUGGUUGGAUUGAAUGAAAUAAAUUCAUUGAAUCAAUCGCUACCGGGCCCAUUGUAUUUAAGUGAAAUUUCCAAAGUCAUAAUCCAAAGGCGAUAUCCGACCAUCACAAAUUUAAUUGCUUUGAAAACCGGAGAGACAACACCAAUAUUGUUUGGCAUUUCGAUAUGUGAUAGCAGUGUAACCAAAAAAACAUCGGUUACUGCAAUACCAGCGGGUCAUUGUCCUGGUUCAGUGAUGUUUUUGUUUGAACAGGACAAUAAAAAGAUACUGUACACAGGCGAUUUUCGUUUAUAUCGUAAUGACAUCGAAACGAUGAUUGCGCUGAAAAAAUUUCACGAAAAAAUCAAUUUGGACUGUUUAUAUUUGGAUUCAACAUUUUUAUCAUUGGAUUAUCGAAAUUUUCCACGGCAACGCGAUAGUGUUAAUACAAUAAUCGAUUUGACUGAAAAUUGGCUUGAUGCACAUCCAAAGAAUGUUGUAUUACUACGACCGCCCGCCAACUAUGGCUAUGAAUUCCUCUUGGUGGAAUUGUCGCAAUAUUUUAAAUUUAAGAUACAUGUCGCUAAAUCAACAUACAACGAUUAUUUGUAUAUUCCAGAAUUUGAUUCAUACAUAAGCAGUAAUCCGUAUUAUUGUGGUCGAAUACAUUUGUGUUCGCCAGACGAUGGUAACACGGAAUGGAAAUCGAAGACCAGUACUUGUUUAUCCAAGUUGGACGAACGUCAUAUUUGUAUCAUACGACCGACAGCAAUGAAAUGGAAAAACUUGAAUGAAGAUGAAAAACACUAUGAGGACGUCGUCGGUGUGGCCAAUGCAUUUUCGGUAUGUUAUUCAAAUCAUUCAAGCUACGAUGAAAUUAAAUUUUUGAUUCAAUACCUUCGACCGACGACCGUCAAAUUGAAUGUGCUACCGAAUCAAAUAUGCCAAAGAAAUGAAAUGUAUAGCAUUUUAGAUGAUAUCACCAAAGAAUAUAAAGUAGAACAACCGCAAGAUGUUGACAUGGCCAAUGAAAAAUUGGUCAACACCAAAUAUAAUUUCUUAAAAAUGACAUCGUUUACCAACAAACGAUCCAUGUCCAUAGCCAAAGAUGACAUUUCACAACUGAAAAUCAAGCGACGUCGAAAAUUCUAGACCAAUUGUAGUAAAUAACAUUGUAUUUUAGCUAUAUUUGUAUGUUUUUUCAUCUUUUUUUAUUUCAUUUCUUUUUUUUUUACAACAAUUGUAUUUAAAGCUUAAAUAAAUCAAUUUUAAUACAC